AAUACUUCUUCCGUGCGUAAACCACCUAAAAAAAAGAAAAGAACUACUCCUUGUAGUCGAGACCCUAGCCCUAGGGAUAAUGGUAGAAAAACAUCUGAAAUUUGGGAUCAUUACACACAGUUUACUAAUAAAAUGGGGGAAUUGAGGGCAAAAUGCAAGUACUGCCCCAAAGACUUCGCUUGCCCUUCUAAUUAUGGGACUUCUAAUCUUUGGGGACAUUUGCUUAACAAGUGUGAGAAAUACCCUUUUAAGACUAUUGAUAGGAAGCAGACAACACUCAAUAUUAAACCUAUUAAAGGAGGGGGACAAGGAGGUUUGGAAAAGGUUGUUUAUAAUGUUGUCGAAGUUAGAAGGGCCAUUGCCGAGUUUGUUAUAAUAGAUGAACAACCGUUUAAAGUCGUUGAGGGGGAAGGCUUUAAGAGGCUAAUGGCGGUUGUUUUGCCUAAUUUUGAGUUACCUUCUCGCAUUACUGUUGCUAGACAAUGUUUAAAAAUUUAUGAAGAAGAGAAACAAAAGCUUAAAAGGCUUGUUAAAGAUCAACGUGUUUGUCUUACUAGCGACACAUGGACGUCAAUCCAAAAUUUGACUUAUAUGGUCAUUACUGCUCACUGGAUUGAUGAUCAGUGGAAUUUGCAAAAAAAAAUUCUUAACUUUUUUCAAACUCCAGAUCAUAAGGGUGAGACAAUUGCAAAAGGAAUUGAAGCUUGUUUGUUAGAUUGGGAGAUCGAGAACAUAUUCACGGUAACACUAGAUAAUGCAUCAGCUAAUGAUGCUGCAAUCAGGUACUUGAAAGGGAGAAUUAAUGAUUAGAAUGGUGUCAUAUUGGGAAAUGAUUUUUUACACGUUCGGUGUAAUGCUCAUAUCUUGAAUUUGAUUGUAAAAGAAGGAUUGAGUGAACAAAAUGAGUCCAUUUCUCGGGUAAGGCGUGCUGUGAAAUAUGUUAAGUCUUCUCCUGCAAGAACUGCUUCCUUUAAGUCAUAUGUUGAGAAGGUAAAACUAGACACCCAUGGCCUUUUGAGUUUGGAUGUUGAGACGAGGUGGAACUCUACAUACUUGAUGUUAAAUACAGCUGUACAAUUUGAAAAAGCCUUUUCAAGAAUGUAUAUUGAUGAUCAUAAGUACUUUAACUAUUGUCUUGAAUUGAGUGGAACAACAGUGCAUCCAUCUUCGGAAGAUUGGAAGAAUGUGAAAGUCUUUCUCAAAUUUCUUGAGAUUUUCUAUAAAACCACUUUGAAGUUUUCGAGUACUUUGCAUGUUACUUCAAAUUGUUUCUUCCAUGAGCUUUUUAAUCUUCAAAGCAUAAUUGUCCAGUAUUCAAAUUGUAGCGAUUCAAUUUUGACUGAUAUGGCUAGGAAGAUGAAAAUUAAGUUUGAUAAAUAUUGGGGUGAUUUUGAGGAUAUGAACAUGUUGUUAUUUGUUGCCGUUGUGUUGGAUCCUCGCUAUAAAAUGAAGUAUGUGAAGUUCCUUUUUAACAAUUUUUAUGAUCCUUUGGAUGGAAAUGGAAAGUCUACUAAAGUGGUGAACACUUUAACUCGCUUGUAUAAUCAUUAUAAGAAUUCUAUUUCUGGGCCUUCUAGUGAAAAUAUUGGAGAUCAAACUAGUGUGAUGAGUCAAAUUGGUGCAAUAAAUAGUUCUGAUGUGUGGCAAUCGCAAUGGGAGAAAUUUCUUGAAGAUAAGAAUGAUGUUGAUAAUAAGUCUGAUCUUGAAAAUUAUUUGAUGGAUGAUCUGGAGAAGGUUAAGGAUUUCAAUAUCUUGACUUGGUGGAAAUCUUCAUCUGACAGAUAUCCUAUUGUCUCUAGGAUUGCAAGAGAUGUGCUUGCUAUUCCUACAUCUACUGUUGCCUCGGAAUCAGCUUUUAGCACCGGUGGUCGGAUACUUGAUUGUUAUCGAAGUUCUCUAUCGACAAAGACAGCUGAAGCUCUUGUUUGUUGUCAACAAUGGUUGCGGUCAACAUCUAAAGAAUGCAAGCUUGAAGACCUUUUAGAAGAAAUUCAAAAUCUUGAGAUCGCUGAAAAAGCACAUGUAGCAUCUUUUAAAAACAGAUAAGCUGAAAUCUCAAUCUCCAACGCACUACUGAAAGAUUCUCUGGGCACUGUUUUGAGCAUUGAUUAGUUUGGAGCUUAAGCUAAGGAAGAUGGUAGAAGUACUUUUGAUUAUAUUAUGGAUUCUCUAGUUAGUUUAGUUUUAAUAUGUAAUUUUUUCAUUUUUAUGGAUAAAGUUGUUUGUAUUUUAGAACCUCUGUUUGACUUGUUCUUUUGAAUCUAAACUGCUUUGCAAGUUUGGUUCACCUGAGUUGCCAUCAGCUUGUGGGCAGUGAGGAAAAAAGAGCUUCAUAAGAAAUUUGAAGAAUG